UGCGAAACAACACACAGAUACAUUCCCGUUAAAAUAAUGGCUAAUCAGAAUUCAAAUUCAAAUGAUAUUGGUAUUGGCGGUGGUGGUGAUGGAAAUAAUAGUGGUGUUGAUGAAUCUGGCCAAGAACAACAACAACAAUCAAAUGAAAUGAAUAGUUAUCAGGUGAUACGUUUAAAUCAUCAGGAUCGUAUGUCAUCAGCAUUUGAAUCAAUGCUUUGUGAUGAAAUGUUAUGCGAUGUAACAAUUAUUUGUAAUGGACAAGCAGUUAAAGCACAUCGUGUUAUACUUGCAGCAUCAUCAACAUAUUUUAAAGAAAUAUUUCAUCAUAUACCAUUUGGUUUUUGUCCAAUUGUAUUUCUAAAAAAUUUUACAAAUGAAGAUUUAAAUGAUAUACUUGAAUUUGUUUAUAAAGGUGAACUAGUUGUUCCUACUGAACGUAUUGAUUCAUUAAUCGAUUCAGCUAAAUCACUUGGUAUUGCCGGUUUAGCUACAUUACGUGUAAAUAAUAAUAUUAAUAAUAAGAAUAAUCAACAAAAUAAUAAUAAUAAUGUUAAUAAAUUGAUGACAACGUCAAAUAGUAAUAAUAAUAAUGAUAAACAUGUUGAUAAUUCUAAUGAUCUCACCAUUAAUACCACCAAUCAAACUAUUACUACUAAUAAUAUAAUAAAAGCUGCCAAUGGUGAUCAUAACAAACAAUUUAAUAAUUAA